GAGGGAGGAGGCGGCGCGUCCCCAGAGGCGUGCGCCCGGACCGCCGGCCGCCGGACGGACGCGCGGAGGGAGAGGGCCGGGGGCGAGAAAUCGGCUGGCAUUGUGGGACCGGCUUCGCUUCGGGGCCGCCGAACGCCAACUUGCUUCGUUUGUUCUGGGAAGGUCUGGGGCAGGUGGCGGCCCCGUGACCUACCGUCAUGGAUGGAGACGGACUUUUGGAUGAAGAAACCCAAACAGUCCGUGCUGUUCCCGGGCGAUUUAGCUGUCAAAGGUUUUGACAAAACCUACCGUCUUCCCUUUGGGGAAUCCGAAUGAGGGAGCUUACAGACACCUUCACUGGGAAGCCAAGGACAUUCCUGUAUAAUCAGCGGAUGAAAGGAUUUUCUCAGACUCUUUUUUCCCUUUUCCUCGAGGAUUAGUUCACUGCAAUCUACAAUUCCAGUGGAAACCGCUAAGGCACAGGAUGUGACAGAAGCCUAGAGGGCCUUCAGAAUUGUUCUGGACCCUUCCUUUAGCAUAGGGUAGUUUAACACAAGCCACUGGCCGCCCUUCCCCCCUGCCCCCCAUCUUGCCGAUGAUCUCUUCUCUUUAACCUCUUCUCAUUUUUUGAGUUAAGUUCUGUUUCCAAAACUGCCCUCUGGAGCUAUAAGUGGAUUGCCAGAAAUGAGAGAUUAAGUGCGGAGAGAAGAGGAAGCGUCCUGUGUGGUGUCUCUUCUCCGCUGCCGACAUGAAGUGCUUUUUUCCAGUGCUCAGUUGUCUGGCUGUGCUGGGUAUAGUGCUGGCACAGCGGCAUGUUGCCGUCCAGGAAGGACCCCUGUACCGCACGGAGGGCUCCCACAUCACCAUCUGGUGCAACGUGAGUGGCUACCAGGGGCCUGCUGAGCAGAAUUUCCAGUGGUCCAUUUACCUGCCGUCCGCCCCGGAGCGCGAGGUCCAGAUCGUCAGCACCGUGGACUCUUCCUUCCCUUAUGCCAUCUAUACCCAGCGCGUCCGUGGGGGGAAGAUCUACGUGGAGAGGGUCCAGGGGAACUCGGCCUUGUUGCACAUCACCGAUCUCCAGGCCCGGGAUGCCGGGGAGUACGAGUGCCACACGCCCAACACGGAUGAGCGGUACUUUGGGAGUUACAGUGCCAAGAUGAACCUAGUAGUGAUCCCUGACACUCUGCAGACCACGGCCAUACCGCAGACUCUGCACAAAGUGGAGCAGGACCCUCUGGAGCUGACUUGUGAGGUGGCCACGGAGACGUUCCAGCACAGCCACCUGUCUGUGGCCUGGCUCCGGCAGAGAGGGGGCGAGAAGCCCGUGGAGGUGAUUUCCCUGAGCCGAGAUUUCGUGCUUCACUCCAGCAGCGACUAUGCGCAGAGGCAGAGUCUGGGGGAGGUACGGCUGGACAAGCUGGGGAGCACCACCUUCCGCCUCACCGUCUUCCACCUGCGGCCCUCUGACCAGGGCGAGUUCUACUGUGAGGCUGCCGAGUGGAUCCAGGAUCCGGAUGGCUCGUGGUAUGCCAUGACCCGAAAGCGUUCCGAGGGAACCGUGGUCAACGUCCAGCCCACUGACAAAGAGUUCACCGUGCGGCUGGAAACGGAGAAGCGGCUGUACACGGUGGGUGAACCGGUGGAGUUCAGAUGCAUCCUGGAGGCUCAGAACGUUCCCGACCGUUACUUUGCCGUCUCCUGGGCCUUCAACAGCUCGCUCAUUGCCAGCAUGGGGCCCAACGCAGUGCCGGUCCUCAACAGUGAAUUUGCCCAUCGGGAAGCCAGGGGCCAGCUGAAAGUGGCCAAAGAGAGCGACAGUGUCUUUGUGCUGAAGAUCUAUCACCUCCGCCAGGAUGACAGCGGGAAAUACAACUGUCGUGUGACAGAGAGAGAGAAAACGGUCACCGGGGAAUUCAUCGACAAGGAGAGCAAGCGGCCCAAGAACAUCCCCAUCAUCGUCCUCCCCAUCAAGAGCAGCAUCUCCGUGGAGGUGGCCAGCAACUCCAGUGUCAUCCUUGAGGGUGAGCACCUGCACUUCUCCUGCAGCGUCCGCACGGCGGGCAGGCCGCAGGGCCGCUUCUCGGUCAUCUGGCAGCUCGUGGACCGGCAGAACCGCCGCAGCAACAUCAUGUGGCUGGACCGGGAUGGCACCGUGCAGCCAGGCGCGUCCUACUGGGAGCGCAGCAGCUUCGGGGGCGUCCAGAUGGAGCAGGUGCAGCCCAACUCGUUCAGCCUGGGCAUCUUCAACAGCAGGAAGGAGGACGAGGGCCAGUACGAGUGCCACGUGACCGAAUGGGUGCGGGCAGUGGACGGCGAGUGGCAGAUUGUGGGGGAGCGCCGGGCCAGCACCCCCAUCUCCAUCACGGCUCUCGAAAUGGGCUUCGCGGUCACAGCCAUCUCGCGCACGCCAGGCGUGACCUACAGCGACUCCUUUGACCUGCAGUGCAUCAUCAAACCCCAUUACCCAGCCCGGGUCCCCGUGUCCGUGACCUGGCGGUUCCAGCCAGUUGGCACCAUCGAGUUUCACGACCUGGUGACCUUCACCCGGGAUGGGGGGGUCCAGUGGGGGGACAGGUCCUCCAGCUUCCGGACCCGAACGGCCAUCGAGAAGGCCGAGUCCAGCAACAACGUGCGCCUGAGCAUCAGCCGGGCCAGCGACACAGAGGCGGGCAAGUACCAGUGCGUGGCUGAGCUGUGGCGGAAGAACUACAACAACUCCUGGACGCGGCUGGCGGAGCGGACCUCCAACCUGCUGGAGAUCAGGGUGCUGCAGCCAGUGACAAAGCUGCAGGUGAGCAAGUCGAAGAGGACGCUCACUCUGGUGGAAAACAGGCCCAUCCAGCUGAACUGCUCGGUUAAGUCUCAGACCAGCCCGAACUCCCACUUUGCGGUGCUCUGGUACGUGCAUAAGCCCUCGGAUGCCGACGGGAAGCUCAUCCUGAAAACCACCCACAGCUCCGCCUUUGAGUACGGCACCUAUGCCGAGGAGGAGGGCCUGAGGCCCCGGCUGCAGUUCGAGAGGCACGUUUCCGGGGGCUUGUUCAGCCUCACCGUGCAGAGGGCCGAGGUCAGUGACAGUGGCAGCUACUACUGCCACGUUGAGGAGUGGCUGCUGAGCCCCAACUAUGCCUGGUACAAGCUGGCCGAGGAGGUUUCGGGGCGCACAGAAGUCACUGUGAAGCGGCCAGACAGCCGCCUGAAGCUCAGCCAAGCGCAGGGGAAUCUGUCGGUCCUGGAGACGCAGCAGGUGCAGCUGGAGUGUGUGGUGCUGAACCGCACCAGCGCUGCGUCCCAGCUCGUGGUCGAGUGGUUUGUGUGGAAGCCCAACCACCCGGAGCGGGAGACUGUGGCCCGCCUGAGCCGCGAGGCCACCUUCCACUAUGGAGAGCAGGCGGCCAAAAACAACCUGAAGGGGCGGCUGCAUCUGGAGAGUCCUUCGUCCGGCGUGUAUCGGCUGUUCAUCCAGAACGUGGCGGUGCAGGACAGCGGGACCUACAGCUGCCGCGUGGAGGAGUGGCUCCCCAGCCCCAGCGGCGUGUGGUAUAAGCGGGCAGAGGACACUGCCGGGCAGAUGGCUGUUACUGUCAUGCGGCCAGACGCCGCCCUGCAGGUGGACACGGUGGUCCCCAAUGCCACGGUGUCCGAGAAGGCAGCUUUCCAGCUGGACUGUAGCAUCGUUUCUCGAUCAAGUCAGGACUCCCGCUUUGCCGUGGCCUGGUACUCUCUGAGGACUAAAGCUGGAGGGGAAAGGGGAGGCCCUGGCCUGGGAGAACAGGAGGAGGAGGAGGGGGACGAGGAGGAAGAAGAGGACCUCACAGAGCGGACGGCCCUGCUGAGCGUGGGCCCGGAUGCUGUCUUUGGCCCAGAAGGCAGCCCGUGGGAGGGCCGGCUUCGCUUCCAGAGGCUCUCCCCCUUGCUCUACCGGCUCACCGUGCUGCAGGCCAGCCCCCGGGACACGGGGAACUACUCAUGCCGCGUGGAGGAGUGGUUGCCCGGCCCCCAGAAGGAAUGGUACCGGCUGACGGAGGAGGAGUCGGCCCCCAUCGGCAUCCGUGUUCUGGACACAAGUUCCACCCUGCAGUCCAUCAUCUGCUCCAACGACGCACUCUUCUACUUUGUCUUCUUCUACCCCUUCCCCAUCUUCGGCAUCCUCAUCAUCACCAUCCUGCUGGUGCGCUUCAAGAGCCGUAACUCCAGCAAGAGCUCCGACGGGAAGAAUGGGGUGCCCCUGUUGUGGAUCAAAGAACCACACCUCAACUACUCCCCCACAUGCCUGGAGCCCCCUGUGCUCAGUAUCCACCCAGGAGCCAUAGACUAAGGGGACCGCAGCGGCCCUCAGCCGCGGAGGAGCUGACAGUCUCCCUUCCUGCCUCUUGCUCUGUGAUCGGACGGCGGGCAGACGGCGCUGCAACUCUUGGAGUGCUCUCCUGGCAGCCAACAGUCAGACUUGAGCAACGUUCCAAGUCCCGGAUCCGGCACAGAGACAGACCGCCUCUAGGUGGCAGUCGUGGUCGGUUAGCUGUUUUGGAGCAGAUGUCCUUAUCCUGCAGAAUUAGGCUUCUUGUUUUUGUUUUUGGUAAUGUAGUGAGUAGCUCCAGAUGCCACAUCUACUCACUGAUUUAUAUCGUAUUCUCAGAUAGAUGUUACAGGGGUUCUUAUUCUUUGUAAGGGACUCUUUUUAAAUCCCCCCGGUUUACCCUUCUUGGGUUCCGUAACGUUGCGGACGAAUUUCUCGUAACAUACCGCCGAUGGCCAAAGGGAGGACGGACUUUUUGGUGCAAAGGAAUCUCUUCCAGGACUCUUUGUUUCUGCAUACUUGAAAAUACUACUCACGGAUCAGAAACAUGCCCAAACGUUUUUUACUUUCUUAACGAGACUUGAAAAUUAUGUGUCAUGCGGGCCCAAUUUGUAUCUUAUCUUUUCCCUCAGCUGGAGUUGUUGGAACCACUUUGUAGUCAAGAUGAAAGCAUUGAAUUUUGCUUCAAAGAACUGUGUACGUACGGGAGGAAUCCUGCAUAACCCCAUUAGAGUAGACGAUGCCCGACCGGACUGUCAGGGAAGCAAAAGUAGGCUUCGUUCCAACCUUGCCAAAAAAUUAUAUAUUAAAAAACAAAAAAACACAACUUUGUUGGAGAACAAGUCAAAAGCCCCAAACAGCACACGCUUUGCUGGCUAACCUGGACAGAAGGCUGCAUUUAGCAGCCACUGACUUUCAGAUUGAUCAAAGCCAGUGAUUAGUGAAGGAAGGAAACAAGGCUAGUUGUCGGCUUGAUCUGUUUCACAGGAGCGGCCUCGAACUGGUAACUGUGCGCGGGUGGGCUUCUAUUUUAAGGUGCUUUGCCACACUCUUAAAGGACAGUGGCCAGUGAGCCUGAAAAGGGGGCCGUGCUGAGCUGAACACACAGGGCCCAAGCAGCCACCGUAUGCACCCUACACCGGAGGGCACGGGGCCCGGCAGACCGCUGAGUUCCUCCAGGAGUCGGUGGUGGGAGGGCGGUGGUUUCCAGAGCCUGGAACUUGGAGACCAGGGGAGAGAUCACCACCACCCUGGAGAUACGAAGACUAGGUUUUUCUUCUUCCUUCCAGCUAGAUUUCCCUCCAAGGUAACGGUGUCUUUCUCAUUCACCAUUUCUCUCUCCAUGUGUCUCACUGCCGUAAGAGUAUCUGCCUAGGAGAGGUCCAGACACAGCCCGUUCUGUAACCCUUGCAGACCACCUAGUCUCGGCUUAGAGUCACCUCAUGCCGGUGCAGGGUUUUGCCCUUCCCCUUCUUAGAUCUUGUUUGUGGUCUUAGGUGAUUUGGUUGUUCACGGUUACAGUGGCUUUUUAUUCGAAUGCCCAUUAGAGCCCAACAAGGCCCCAGUCGCCCUGUUCGUUCACACUAUGGAGCAGGGUGCUUAGCACCCGCCCCCCACCCCCCCCCCUCCUGUGCCCUUUUGCUCACCCCAGGGGAGAAGCAUGCCCUGACUUUCCUAUAUUUUGCUGGCCAAGAACGCCAUCCCCUUUCCUCCGGGAACUUGCAUCUUGAACCCCAAGGGUACACCCUGCUUAGAAAAAGCCACUGGGGAUUCCGGAGUGAAGUCUGAGCAGAGGGAUUGUUGUCUGUCCUGAGACGGAACAGACUCCACGGGAGGCCGUGUGGGUGCCCAUCCGCAUCGGGGUCUUUGGGUGCGCAGGUGGUGGCCUGGGUUUUCAGCAGACGCCUUGCUAUGCCGCAGCCCAGGGGAAGCAAGGUGAUGGACUGGCUUAUGUAGUAGACCGGUCUCCUCUUCCUCCCCGCACACCAGUACUGUCCUCUGAGACCCUGUGUAGGCACCACACCUUAAUCCCUAACAUGCUCAUUUCCAUGUAUUAUGUAUGCUGCAGCAAUGCUUUGGGGGUACAGUCAGGCUCAGGGGUGAGGGAAGGAGGCAGUCCUUUGCCCCAUUUCUUCAUUACAGGUGCAUGGGCUUUCUGUGGGAAAUCAGCCCCUGCCUUGUAGCCUGAGUGCUUGAGGGAAGAUGCCUGGCUUUCCUCUGUGUGAAGGGUGUGAAGGGAAAGAUGCCAGAGGGCUGGGACUGGCUGUGUAACUACUAAGAGCCCAGCUUGCCCACAGGUAUAGAAAAGUAGGUGAUGCACGCAAUUAAAGAUGUGGAGUGGUUACAGGAAAUUUGAAAGGAAGAAAAGAAACCGAAGCCAGUAUUUUAGUAGUUUUUUUUUUUUUUUUUUUUUUUUUCCCGUGUGUAUUUUCUGUUGGGCUGGGGGAUACCAUCAAAGGGUGAGCUUUUCAGCUUUCUGUGAAGAUCCCCAGGACCUUGUUUGGCCAUUUCUAUGGAAAUGUGGUGUCAGAUGAGCGGUAAUGGUGCCCUCCAGUGGCUGGGAGACCUCAUUGCACAUGGCCUUGCCGGAGCUCGGAGCAUUGGACCAGGAGAGGAAAAAUUGCCAACUGGUUCUCUGGACGUACUUACCUACGGCUACAAUGUUGCAUUAAUGAAAAACUACACUGUGCUAGGCCCAUUCCGGACACGGAUACGACCGGCACCCUCUUUCAUCAGGGUGUUUCUGUAGCAGGUUUUCAUAUUCUUUUCAAACAAUGGUUUCUCUGCGUUUAUUGUUGAAAAAAACAGGUGGGGUAAGAAAACUACCCAUGCAUGAUGUAGAGAGCUGUUGAUUUGUUUUUGUUUGUUUGUUUUUUUAAAGGAAAACUAUUUGUAAAAUGUUGCACUAAAAUGUUUUAUAUACACUUCAGAGACCUGUAGUAAAUUAUGUUGAAAAUAUGGCUGUUUACAGUUACUGGAGUACACGGUCCUUCUUUCUCCUCCCCCACCCCCACCCCUCCCACCCCUUAACAGCCUCUCUUGCUCUGUGACACUGUCCCCUGGGGGUCUGGAGUUCUGCUCCUGACUUUGGCCUGCUGGGCUCCAGGGUCAAGAAUUGCAGCCUUUACCGCCACAUCCUGCCCCACAGCCUAAAGCGUGCCUUUGUACAAACGAUGACUUAAAAAAAAAAAAAAAAAAAAAAAAACAACGCUUUCUCGACACUUGACUGUCAUCUGCUGAGAA